ACGAGGCGGUGGAUGUUGUUGAAUAAUAGCCGCGGACCUCGUCUUUCAUCUUUGUCCGCGUAUUGACAUGAGAGCGUCAAAGACGACAUUCUGACAACAAAAGAGUGCAUUCCUGGACAUCCCCUUUCCAAUGUCUGUCAUACGAGUACCCCUAUCGGAGCUCAGAUUUUCGACAUUGUCGCCGGCUACACCAUCGACUGCUGAACCUUCUCAUGCCCAACCCCAGAUCGUCUUCACCAGGCAGUUGUGGGAGAGAACGAUGCCAUCUGCAGAACACGAAGACUUGAGUACAAGCUCCCAAGGUAUUGCAAGUGACGGAAGUGUCAAUUCGCGCAGAGUAUCGACGAACAUAUCGAUUGCACCGCAGCUGCAAUCCUCACCAAAGGCCCGGCUUUCGGAUACGCCGCUGACGCCUGAAGAGUCACCGCCUUUUCGCGACCAACGGAAGAGGAGCGCAGAAGCCCUUGAUCCAGACGAGGUCCAAGACGUCAGUCCUUCGCAUACCAGAGACGGUAGUACCGAGUCACUGGUCAACUUCUGUCUGUGCCAGCCUGAGCCGAAAGUCCCUAGACCUAGGAACGCGUUCAUCCUUUAUCGUCAAAACCGUCAAGCCGCUGUAGUUGCUCAAAAUCCUGGCCUUGCCAAUCCUGACAUAUCAAAGAUCAUUGGCGAGCAGUGGAGAAACGAGCCUGAAGGAGAAAAGAAUCGGUGGAAGGCAUACGCAGAGGAAGAGAAGCUGCAGCAUCAACAAAAAUACCCAUCUUACCGGUACCAGCCCAAACGAUCAGGACGCCGAGGCAGUGUCUCGUCCGAAUCAGGCUUCUCAGGACCAGACCACCGCAAGUGUCAGAAGUGCGGUGGCAGAACCAUUAUCCACCCUACACCAAGCAAGCCCUCUUCAGCACGCGAGCGACUUGACAAGUCUGGAAGUCUAGAAACGAGUCCUUCAUCGGCAUAUCCUCAAUAUCCUCCACGCUUGAACGCAUUCCGACUCCCACCUCCGACACCCUCGUCCACCACAACGCCUUCAACUCGCUACCUGCCUAUGCUCAACAACCUCUCUCUAUCAUCGCCCCACCCUCUUAACAUGGCCAACGGACGUUCUUCUCAGCCAUACAUGAUCCAGCGUGGCGAAGGCGAAGACGAGCACUCGUCCAUCCUGUCCCCUGACUCGAAGCGACGCAGAUUUGAAUCUCCCCAAGGGACAUACGUCAUGUCAACGCGAACUAUGCCACCAAGACAGAAUGCUGGCCCUGGCACACCAUUUCCCUUCGGUCCACAAGGGCAAUCUUCACUACAGCAAGGUCGGCAGAUGGGGCCGCCUCAUCAAUUCCCGCCCCCGCCUGGUACGCAGCAUCUUCGCAGGGAGAGCUUACCGCGACCAACCGAUCUUCUGCGAGGUCCAGUGCCGCCCAACAUGAUGGGACCUCCACCUCGUCCCGGACCUGGUUACUCACAACACCGAGCUAGUCAACGUCCGGGUGGACCGGAGCUCAGCUUGACACUACCUCCUCUACAAGCUGGCACCAUGUCUGGCCCUCCGACAUCCACCAGGUCGGGUCCUGGACAACUACCAAGCGGCAACAGAGGAAGCGACUCGAAAGAGCCCGACAGACGCAGCGUGGGUGAGAUCAUUAUGUCGAUGUCAUUCAUGGCCAAAGUUCAGAUCCUUGGUCGAGUUGCACCACCCUCUGCUACUAGUGAAAACAAGCCUCGAGGAACUAUCAUCGCCAUCGAGGGCGAUGACCCGGAAGCAGCUCGCAACGUGACCGACUGGCUCGAGGAGUUUUUAGGUCGUGAAGGCGACAUGGUGGUCAAAGUAGUUGAUGGCCCAAAGCUCCCGGAAGGCAGUGACGAGCAAGAUGUGCAGAUUCCAGAGCUACUACGAACAGUUGGUGAGUGGCACGAGAAGAGCAAGAGUAUUGAGCAACUUGUCCGUGGCGACAAGGACAGAAAGAACAGCAACAUGAGUUUACAGUCCGAAGUCGGACUUGACAGCGAGGCUAUGGAAGUUGACACUUGUCAUGGCAGCGGUAGCAAGUUGGUGAUAUUACUGCGUACGUAUACCGUGACAGCAUCCAACGUGUUUGCAUCGCGAGUGGCCAUCAAGGACGCGUACAAGGCAGCCGACCACUGGCAGUGGACAGCGACGUUGUGGCGCGGCAUUGUCGGGCCGGACAUGACAGUCUAUGUCAAGGAAGCCGACAAGACGGAGGAUGGAGGGAAAGGUGGAGUUGAGAUCAAGGAAGAAAACCGGAUCAUGGCGGUCCGACGUUUCAAGGGCACCGAAGAGAACGGCGGCGUGGAGGGCAUUGAAGCAGGCACGUUGCGACGUCUCGGGUUUGAGGUGGGCGAAUGGGUCAGGAGUGGAGGGGGAGCAGGAAAGGAGUAG